AUGUCUGGUAUCGCUCGUUCUUCGGUUUUUUUUAUGGUAUUGCUGAUGGUUGCUGCUGGUCUUGCUGCUGGUCUUGCUGCUGGUCUUGCUGCUGGUCUUGCUGCUGGUCUUGCUGCUGGUCUUGCUGAUGGUCUUGCUGAUGGUCUUGCUGAUGGUCUUGCUGAUGGUCUUGCUGAUGGUCUUGCUGAUGGUCUUGCUGAUGUUUUUUGCGGCUGCUGCUAG